UCGCUUUUACUUCUGCCAGCGCAUAAUUUUUUGAUUGUUAAUUUCGCCUGGUAUUGGUUCCAUUGAAUUCCUUACCGAUUUUUCUUAUACUGUUGUCUAAAUUAUAAAGCGUAAUUUGAAUUAAAACAAUGUCUGGAAAAGGUAAUAAAGCAUUUACAAAGGAAGAGGAGUUGUUGUUACAGGAUUUCAGUCGAAAUGUUUCUACAAAAUCUUCUGCAUUGUUCUAUGGGAAUGCUUUCAUCGUUUCUGCAAUUCCAAUAUGGUUGUUUUGGAGGGUGCACGCUCUAGAAGUGACCACGUCUCUGGUAUGGUUCGCGUUAGUAACAGGAGCAAGUACUUGGCUUCUAGCUUUAGCAUACCGUAACACUAAAUUCCAGUUAAAGCACAGAGUGGCAGUGCGCCGAGAAGAUGCUGUGGCCCGUGAGAUGUCUAGGAAACUCGCUGAUGAUAAGAAAAUGAGCCGGAAGGAGAAGGAUGAAAGAAUUUUAUGGAAGAAGAAUGAGGUAGCUGACUAUGAGGCAACUACCUACUCCAUCUUCUACAACAAUGCUCUCUUCUUAACGAUUGUGAUUCUAAGCAGUUUCUACCUGCUGCGCUCAUUUACACCUACUGUUAACUACAUUGUAUCUCUCACUGCUGCAUCUGGACUCCUGGCGCUGCUCUCUACCGGUACCAAGUGAAGAGAAUGGAUUUUGUGAAAGUGAGUGUGCAUGUGAUGCUGAGUAAAGCCCAAGUGUUCUUUACGAUUAUCAAGACAACUUGAGCUUAUGUAUUUAUAUGCUCAUAAAUUGAACAUUGUUAGAAUAUUUUUUUAAGAAUAAUUUAAUUAAUAAUAAAACAAGUGUUAAACA